GAGCUAGCGGGUGGGCCCAGCCGAGCGCGGCGCACUUCCGGGACACGGCUCGCCGACCCCUUCCCGGCUUCCAGUCUGCUCUCCGCGGCAACUGUCUGUGCGGAUAAAGUCAAGAAGAACUGCCAGUCUCAGGAGCCUGUGUGCGUGUGGAGAAGGGAGCGUUCGCCUCCGUGGUCACCUGGUGAGGCUCUGGAGGAGGGUGCGACAGAUACAGGGACUUGACGUCCGCCGUGGGAAUGAUCCACGAACUGCUCUUGGCCCUGAGCGGGUACCCAGGGUCCAUUUUCACCUGGAACAAGCGGAGUGGCCUCCAGGUGUCACAGGACUUCCCAUUUCUCCAUCCCAGUGAAACCAGCGUCCUGAAUCGACUCUGCCGGCUGGGCACAGACUACAUUCGCUUCACCGAGUUCAUUGAACAAUACACGGGCCAUGUGCAGCAGCAGGAUCACCAUCCAUCUCAACAGGGCCAAGGUGGGUUACAUGGAAUCUACCUAAGGGCCUUCUGCACGGGACUAGAUUCAGUUUUGCAGCCUUAUCGCCAAGCAUUGCUCGAUUUGGAACAAGAGUUCCUGGCUGACCCCCAUCUCUCCAUCUCACAUGUCAAUUACUCCUUAGAUCAGUUCCAGCUCCUUUUCCCCUCUGUAAUGGUUGUAGUAGAACAAAUUAAAAGUCAAAAGAUUCAUGGCUGUCAGAUCCUGGAAACAGUAUACAAACACAGCUGUGGAGGGUUGCCUCCUGUUCGCAGUGCACUAGAAAAAAUCCUGGCCGUGUGUCACGGGGUCAUGUAUAAGCAGCUCUCAGCCUGGAUGCUACAUGGACUCCUCUUGGACCAGCACGAAGAGUUCUUUAUCAAACAGGGUCCGUCUUCUGGUAAUGUCAGUGCCCAGCCAGAAGAGGAUGAGGAGGAUCUGGGCAUUGGGGGACUGACCGGAAAACAACUGAGAGAACUGCAGGACUUGCGCCUGAUAGAGGAGGAGAACAUGCUGGCACCAUCUCUGAAGCAGUUUUCCCUGCGGGUGGAGAUUCUGCCAUCCUACAUUCCAGUGCGGGUUGCUGAAAAAAUCCUGUUUGUUGGAGAAUCUGUCCAGAUGUUCGAGAAUCAAAAUGUGAACCUGACUAGGAAAGGAUCCAUCUUGAAGAACCAGGAGGACACUUUUGCUGCAGAGCUGCAUCGUCUCAAGCAACAACCACUCUUCAGCCUGGUGGACUUCGAGCAGGUGGUGGACCGUAUACGUAGCACUGUGGCUGAGCAUCUCUGGAAGCUCAUGGUGGAAGAGUCCGAUUUGCUGGGUCAGCUGAAGAUCAUUAAAGACUUUUACCUUCUGGGACGUGGAGAAUUGUUUCAGGCCUUCAUUGAUACAGCUCAACACAUGUUAAAAACACCACCCACUGCAGUAACUGAACAUGAUGUGAAUGUGGCCUUCCAACAGUCAGCACACAAGGUGCUGCUGGACGAUGACAACCUUCUCCCUCUGCUGCACUUGACAAUCGAGUAUCAUGGGAAGGAGCAUAAAGAUGCUACUCAGGUGAGAGAAGGGCCUUCUCGGGAGACUUCUCCCCGGGAAGCCCCUGCAUCCGGCUGGGCAGCCCUAGGUCUUUCCUACAAAGUGCAGUGGCCACUGCACAUUCUCUUCACCCCUGCUGUCCUGGAGAAAUACAACGUUGUUUUCAAGUACUUACUGAGUGUGCGCCGGGUACAAGCUGAGCUGCAGCACUGCUGGGCCCUACAAAUGCAGCGCAAGCACCUCAAGUCCAACCAGACCGACGCGAUCAAGUGGCGCCUGAGGAAUCACAUGGCGUUCCUGGUGGAUAAUCUUCAGUACUACCUCCAGGUAGACGUGCUGGAGUCUCAGUUCUCACAGCUGCUUCAUCAGAUCAAUUCUACCCGAGACUUUGAAAGCAUCCGACUGGCUCACGACCACUUCCUGAGUAAUUUGCUGGCUCAGUCCUUUAUCUUGUUGAAACCUGUGUUUCACUGCCUGAAUGAAAUCUUAGAUCUCUGCCACAGCUUUUGCUCGCUGGUCAGUCAGAACCUGGGCCCACUGGACGAACGUGGGGCCGCCCAGCUGAGCAUCCUGGUGAAGGGUUUUAGCCGCCAGUCUUCACUGCUAUUCAAGAUUCUCUCCAGUGUUCGGAAUCAUCAGAUCAACUCUGAUUUGGCUCAACUACUAUUACGACUAGAUUAUAACAAAUAUUACACCCAGGCUGGUGGCACUCUGGGCAGUUUUGGGAUGUGAGAAUUUCUGGUCCACAGACUUAAAUAAGUCAGUCCCACUGCGUUGUAACAGAAGAUAGAAAACAAAGCACCCCAUUCUCUAGCCAGCCACCAGAUGUCUGCAGCCUACCGGAAAAGCUCUACU